CGCAGAAUCGGCACAGUGAAGGAUUGUGGGAUAGAAAGCUAUCGCCACGGCAACAGCAGAGUUUAGCGAGCGGAAAUCUGCUGCUAGCAGAACAGAAACGGCGAUUAAUUACUAAAGAAACAUCUUUCACACAAAAUACUGGUUUAGUUUGUUGCCAUGAACGAAUCAGUUAUCAAAAAGACCCAGGAGACUCUGGGAAAAGUGAUCAAAAAGCCUCCUCUGACAGAAAAACUGCUCAGCAAACCGCCGUUUCGAUACCUGCACGAUAUCUUCAGUGAGGUAAUACGUACCACAGGCUUUAUGAAAGGACUUUAUGGAGAAGCAGAGAUGAAGUCAGAUAAUGUGAAGUUCUCUUCAUGUACCCUGCAGGACAAAGACUCAAAAAUAAUGUUCCUUCAGAAGGCCAUCGAUGUGGUGAUGCUAGUCAGUGGAGAGCCCUUGGCUGCCAAACCUGCUCGAAUCGUAGCCGGACACGAACCAGAGAAGACCAACGAGCUGCUGCAGGUCAUUGCUAAGUGCUGUAUCAACAAGCUCUCCAGUGAUGAGGCUGUUAGGCGGGUGUUAGCAGGAGACAAGCUGGAUCAGAAGGGGAAGCCCAGCACCUCCAGAUCCCAGGACAAGGAGAACCGAGAGGGCAGGGAGCGCCACCGAGACCGAGAGGAGAGGAAGGGCAUUAAAGAGAGCAGCGGAAGCAGAGAGCAGAAAGAUCCAGAUCAACCGAAAGAUCACGAGAGCAAGAGGGACGACAAGGACCGCCGACAAGAUGCCGAGAGGUCUGACAAAGGGCGCGAAAGAGACCGGACAAAAGACAGAGACAAGGACAAGGACAAGAGCCGGGAUCGGGAGAAAGACAAGACCAGAGAGAAGGAGCGUGAGCGAGAGAAGGAGAAGGACCGCAACAAGGACAAGGAGAGAGAGCGAGAUAAAGAAAGGGAUAAGAAAAGGGAACGAGAAUCUCACAAAGACAGAGAACGAGACAAGGAGAGAGAUCGUGAGCGCGAGAAACGAAGGGAGAGAGAAAAAGAGAAAGAACGACACAGAGAGACCGAGGAGAAGCUGAAGGACAGAGGCGAUAGAAAGAUCAAGGCAGUAGAGGAGAUCACCAAGUCAAAGCCUCACCCAGAGGUUGCAAUUAAAACACAUGAAGCCGAAGCAGAAGAGGCGGAGGGUGGUGAACUGGAGCCUACAGAUCUCUCUGAAAUUGAGGCUGAGAGUCCUUCCCGGAUCCCAAGGCCCUCGUCGGCUAAAGGACAGAGGCGGUGGCCCAAAGCAGGAGGUCAAGAUGAGACUGAAAGUGAAGGAGAAGGGGACAUCCCUUCAGCAGAGAAACCAGUCCCCAUUGAGAAUGGAGAAGCAACGGAUUCUGUGCCACCUCAAACAACACACAGAAGAUUACCACGGCCCAGCAGCGCUCGACCAGCAGCCCCCCGUGUCAAGCGACAGGAGAGCUACGCUGAUGUGACCCCAGCAGAGAGGCUGGGCAGUGGCAAGACCACUGCAACGGUCAUUUUGGAUGGCAAGAAGUUCUCUGAAGAUGAGGAUGAUGAAGAUGGGCAGUUUGUGGUGGAGGAGACCGCUCCGCCUCCCUCUGACAUACCAGAAAUGGAGCGUAAUUCACUUGAACUGCAAGGGGAUGAUAAACAUGGUGGGCUUGUGAAAAAAAUCCUGGAGACAAAAAAAGACUAUGAAUCAUCUCCAUCCACAAAGUCAAAAGAACAGGAUCGUACGCUGAUGUCAGAGGCGUCUCGUAAGAAAGAACGUGAACUGGUGGCGAAGGAGAUCGAGCGCUUGCGUUCGUCCAUACAGACGGUGUGCCGCAGCGCUCUGCCCCUGGGCAAGAUCAUGGACUACAUUCAGGAGGAUAUGGACUCCAUGCAGAAUGAACUGCAGACCUGGCGCAAAGAGAACAAGGAGAACGCACAGGCUCUGUUACAGGAACAAAGAAUCACAGACAGCAUUGUGGAACCUCUGAAGUCGGAGCUCGCUGAACUGGAGCAGUUAAUCAAAGACCAACAGGACAAGAUCUGUGCAGUCAAGUCCAACAUCCUGAAGAAUGAGGAGAAGAUCCAAAAGAUGGUAUCCAGCAUCAGCUUCUCCUCACAAACAUGAAAAUCAACGCGUCCCAAAUGAAAGCUGAAGCACUGAGCAGCGUGGAGAGCUCCUGUUAAUAGACCUGAUGUCUUUGAGCCCGAACUGGAGAGACUUCAGAAGGUGAAGGUAUGGUCAGGAGUCACCCUCCUCAAACCCCAUUCAUGUAAGGUGCCUUCUGUAAGACCCAGGAUCUGUUUGCGGUGGUCCACACUCGCACGUCUGCAGUAGAUUUGCACUUGUCACUUACUUGAGAGAUAAAUGUGUGUGGUCACCAUAUUGAUGUGUCCUGUAUUUUUUAAAAUGUUCUCUUAGGGAAAAAAAAGACUUUUUUUUUUUUGUUUGUUUUUUUUUUUUUUUUUUUUUCCCCAUUCAGACUGACAGACUUUUUGUCUCACAAGAGAACAUUGGCAAUGAUAAUAUGUGUAUAUGAUUAUAUAUUUGUAUGUAUACUGUAUGUGUGCAUAGACACAGUUCACACACACAUAUAUAAAUAUAUAUAUAUUUAAAGCAAUAGAAUUUUACAGAUGACUUUAGAAUUGCCAAAAAUAGGAGACACACUACACACGCACCUCUGCACUUUGAUGAAUGAGACUGUCAUACAGCACAUCAUUUACCUGUACACAUUAAAACCUCUCAUGUAGCUUAACAUAAGUCCUAAGAAAUGAGAUGAGAUGGCAUGAAUGUGUUUUAAGACAAUUCAUUGUGUAAGUCAAGAAAUGUACCCUGAUCAAAUGUAUUUGCGUAUGUUUUAAAUUCAUAUAAAUAAUGGAAAACGUUCAACUGGUAUUUCAUUUAAAAACUAAAAAAACUUUCUGAAACACUUUUUAGAGGGCUGUUGAGAGAGUUUUCUACUGCAUUCUGAGACCCAUGAAGCAAUUAUUACAUUGAAAAUUUCUAUUUUGAUAAGGUUGAAAUGUUUGCAAAUCUGUGUUAGAUGAAGCAAUAACAGGUCCGAUCUGUCAAAGUUGAUCAGCUGGUCAAGCACAACAUUUUGGAAAUCUUUAACAUGUAAAACCAGUCACACUUUAUGGAUACUGUGGUACCAGUGUUUAGAUGAAUUUUAAGUCUAAACCACACAGCAACAAACUGUAAUAUACAGAUUAUAUACUACGUCAGUAUUAUCAGCUGUACACUAUGACACAUAAUACUGUUUGCUAUUUAUUAAAAUCAGCUUAAACGUCAAUAAAUUAUCUUUGCAUUUCCAUUUACUUUGUAAAAGAGCCGACCAUUUACACUGUAAACGAUUUUUACCACACCCAUACUUUUUUGCUGUACAUUUUAUGUAUAUGUUGUUUGUAUCAUAGUUCACAAAUGAAUAUUAAUUUUGUAGUGAAGUCUAAUAAACAGUUACAUUUCUGUUAAAA